AUGCCCACCCAGAAUCAAGACGACCACGACAGUCCCUCCAGCUCACAAUCCGCAUCCAAACCAUGCACUAUCGAAUUCGGAUAUCUGGGUCGACCGGCAAAGUACACGCGGCAUCUCUUCGAAGGAUCUUCUACCAAACUCGCAGAUGGGGAGUCUAAGUUUCUUCUUUUCAUAGUCGAACACGAGGAAGACGAUCAAAUCGACGUCCGCUUUCCCAAGGGCGCCACAGCACGUACCGCAGGCGGCGAUUCCAUUUCUUUGGAACGUCGGAUCUCGGACUUGCAGCGUCGAUUCUGGACCAUCGACCAACGACUAGGGUUUCCGCGGUCUCCCUCGAGUCACGACUAUUGUCCUAUGCCCGGUCUGGGAUGCAAUGACGAGAACGGAUUGACGGCGACUUGGUAUAAGAAAGAUAUCGAAGGCGAGGACCUUGGGGUCUUUGUCGUCUUCGGCAGGGCUUCGAGGCAUAUUCACCCGGGAUAUGGUCAUAAGAAGAUGCCACAAACACCAACGUGCUCCGUGCGAGUCGAGUGGGGUAACUGUUGGAUGACGGUUUCUCGCGAGCUACGUUCCGAGUAUUCUGACGCGCUUUACGACACGAUCAUUAGUCUCAAGCCGACCACCAAGCUCCCGAGGUCGACGAUUGCGAGACUGCCGAAUAUUCCAGAGGAGCAGGAAUGA